CGCGAGAUGGCAGGGGGAAUGGGGAAGGAGAGAGACGGAGUCGGGAGAAGGACCGACCCUUUGGAGGAGGGGCAUGUGUACCCCAGUGUGUGUGUGUGUGUGUGUACGCGCGCGCGCGCGCCUGCUGCAUGCUGCACGAUUGCUCGUUUUUUUGUAUGUGAGGGUGUGUACCUGUUUGUCCCCUGGAGUCGGCGCUCAGUUCCGCGCCCGCAGGGUGUACAGGUACGUGCUGGGUGGGCUUGGCUUUUUGCUUCCUUGCCUUCACCACUGUGGGUCAGUCUACAUUUGUGUUUCCGUGCAAAGUUCAUUUUUGUUUCUGCAGAGUAAAUUCCUGGAGGAAUUACUAAGCUUGCCUGUUGUCACCUGGCUAACAUCGACGCCCGCCCCCUUCCCUCCGCAGCCUGGGGCCCAGGCCAGGGCCACCAUGGUGCUGCCUCCAGGCCCAGCUACCCUCCCGCACACACUGCUGCUCCUGCCAGCCCUUCUGAGCUCAGGUUGGGGGGAGUUGGAGCCACAAAUUGAUGGUCAGACCUGGGCCGAGCGGGCACUGCGGGAGAAUGAACGCCACGCCUUCACCUGCCAGGUGGCGGGAGGGCCUGGUACCCCCCGAUUGGCCUGGUACCUGGAUGGACAGCUGCAGGAGUCCAGCACCUCCAGACUGCUCAGCGUGGACGGGGAGGCCUUCUCUGGAGGCACCAGCACCUUCACUGUCACUGCCCAGCGGGCCCAGCAUGAGCUCAACUGCUCCCUGCAGGACCCGGGCAGGGGCCGGUCAGCCAACGCCUCCGUCAUCCUCAAUGUGCAAUUUAAGCCGGAGAUUGCCCAGGUCGGGGCCAAGUACCAGGAAGCUCAGGGCCCGGGCCUCCUGGUUGUCCUUUUUGCCCUGGUGCGUGCCAACCCACCUGCCAAUGUGACCUGGAUCGACCAGGAUGGGCCAGUGACUGUCAACACCUCCGACUUCCUGGUGUUGGAUGCGCAGAACUACCCCUGGCUCACCAACCACACUGUGCAGCUGCAGCUCCACAGCCUGGCGCACAACCUCUCUGUGGUAGCCACCAACGACGUGGGUGUCACCAGUGCCUCGCUUCCGGGCCCAGGGCUCCUGGCCACCCGGGUGGAAGUGCCACUGCUGGGCAUCGUUGUGGCUGGAGGGCUUGCCCUGGGCACCCUGGUGGGAUUCAGCACCUUGGUGGCUUGCCUGGUCUGCAGGAAAGAGAAGAAGACCAAAGGCCCUUCCCGGCGCCCAUCUCUGAUCUCUAGGGCGUAUCCCAGGCUUUUUCUGCCCUGUAGUGACUCCAACAACCUGAAACUCAACAAUGUGCGCCUACCACGGGAGAACAUGUCCCUCCCCUCCAACCUGCAGCUCAAUGACCUCACUCCAGACACCAGAGCAGGAAAACCAGCAGACGGCCAGAUGGCUCAGAACAACAGCCGACCAGAGCUUUUGGACCCAGAGCCUGGUGGCCUCCUCACCAGCCGAGGUUUCAUCCGUCUCCCAAUGCUGAGCUACAUCUAUCGAGUGUCCAGUGUGAGCAGUGAUGAGAUCUGGCUCUGAGCUGAGGGCGAGAUGAGGGUACUCUCUUGGCCCCUGGGCCUCUCCUCCUUCUCCUCCAAGACAUCCCCUGUCUGGCCACGUUGUCAACGUGAAGAGGUCAUGCCACUGCCACUUUUACCUGCCCUCCUGGCUGGAGUGGCCUCUGUGUCAUCCACAUGAUGCGUUUCACUGGGAUCUGACCCUCAGGGGGACAGGUAUCCUUGGCAAGGCUGCCAGCUGGCUCUAAGCCCCUUGUUCUCAGGUUGGGGGCUUGCAUGUCAUGCCUGUGUCCAGACAGAUGGAGCUCUUUGUCCAGAGGUCAUCCAGCAUCUAAGUGUGGCAUGGCCCUGUUGGCUUGGACCCACUCUGUGCCCCACACCAGUAUCCUUUGCACCGUGUACAGCGGGCAUGGGGGCAUGCCUGGUUGGGGGACAGAGGGCCCUGCACGUCUUGGAUUUCCUUCCCAUGCUAUGCUGCUUUGUUCCUUCAGGGAAAAUUUAGGACCCUGCUGGCUGUAUAGAACCAAACUGCCCUUUGCAUAGGAACCAACCCCUGGCUCAGGGGCAUUGGCCAAGCACAAACUAGUCCCUUUUGCUGCAUACCUCUCUGCCCUUCUCUGUCCCCUCUGCCCCGCCUCCGCUUGGGCAUCAUAGGUUACACACUGGACCGUCUCCACUUCUUCACCUGGCACUAGACUUCCCCACUGGCCUGGCCCCUGGAGUUGCCAGCGCCUGGUGUUAGCACAAGUCAGGAAGAAAAGAGGGAGGUGAGAAGUCCAGUGGCAUCCAGGACAGCAUGUGGCUAUUUUCUUACAGUGUUAUUUUCUUACAGUGUUAGCACUUUAAGCACAUCCCCUGGGGAGGGGGUGAGUGAGGGCCUCAGGGCCCGCUGUGUGGCUUCCCCAAGUCUGGCCUUCCUCUGAUUCACUGUGAGUGCCCUGAGCCCUCGGGGUUGACAGUUUCCCUCUCAAUAUGUCUCCCCCACGAUGGGACCCCACCCCUAACCAUCCCCUGACUGCCCAUAAGCAGAAAGCCGCUCUGCGUGUCCUACCCUCUGUUCUUUAGGGGACGGUCAUAGUGGCACAUAAUUCAUCAAUGCCAGAAGCUUUAGGGGGACAUGGAGGAAGAGGGAGACCACAUACCCCCAAACAACCUAAGAACUCUUUGAAAAACAACGUGGAAAUGAUUGCAAAUUAAUAUAGUGCAGAGUAUAUUUUUCCCUUGUUGAUAUCUUGUUUUGUAAUUUUUAUCAUGUUUCUGCCUAGGACAGUGCUGAGCACACAAUCAAUUCAAUAAACUUGACAGUGAAUGUUACAUGUCUGCUU